CAAUAAAGUGCUAUAAAGUGUGUAUAUACUGUUAUAAGGUGUUCAACGUUAUUAAUUAAAGAAAGUCACACACAAGAUGCCUUCUUGUUGCGUAUUGAAGUGCAGUAAUUCUUCAAAAAAAAAAUAUUCUAUGCAUUGCAUUCCAACAGAUGUAAAGAGAAGAAAUAUAUGGGUGAAUAACAUUGGUAGGUCCUUGGAUCCUUCAAAGUUCAACAAGUAUUAUGUAUGCGAGGUACACUUUGCACCAGAAAUGUGGGAACGACAACGGGUUGAUGGAAAGAAAAAAUUGAAAAGUUGUGCGAUUCCGACGAUUGGUUUGCGGGAAAAAAGUACAAACAUUGCUCAUGAAAUAUUGCUCAUGAAAAGAGAUCCACUUUCUUUAAAUAUUGACGUCAAAACUGAACCAGCAUACAAAUCAGAUCAUGAUUUCUUGGACAAUGUGUUAGCAAGAGAUAUAGAAAAAAUAGACUCGAAAACAGUUAAUAUCGCUGAAUCAUUUACUGAAUUGACAAGAAACAUCCACAAUGAAGAAAAAGAAAAUUCAGUUUUGAUAGUAUCAACACCUGUUUCACAAGAAGCUAUACCUGUACCAUUAAACAUGGUUGACAUUAAGAAAGUUAUAGAAGAGCCUGAUGGAAAAAUUCAGAAAGCUAUGUUAGAAGCUAAGCAGGCAAAAUUAGAAGCAAAAGAAGCAAAAUUAAAGCUUCAACAAGCAAGCAAGAUAAUUGACAAAUUAAAUAAAUCAAAUAUAAGGCUGAUGAAACGCGUUAAACAACUGAUGUAUGAAAAAACGAAAUUAAUAAAAGAAAUGUGUUUGAAACACAGCCAGAAAAACUUCGAAAAAAUACUUAAUGACGAUCAAAUUAAAACUCUCUGUAGGCUAUCUGUACGAGGUGACAGAUGGUCUAAUGAUACCAUCCAAAAAGCUUUGAAGUUGAGAUCAUCUUGUGGCAGUAGCGGUUAUAAAGAGAUAUUGAAUCAGGGAAUUCCUUUACCCUCAGAACGAACGCUUAGGAGAAGAAUAAAAUUAAAUACGAAUGAAGAAGAAAAAAGAUGAGAUGAGAUGAAUAUUACCGGAUGAGAACAGAUCAAAGUACAAUGACACAUCGAUCUCGAUUCUUCCUAAUAGAUGUGGUAAAAAAUGACUUGAAAUAUAUCCAACUGUACACCCUUUUAUAACGAUUUAUUUCGAACUAGAUUCAGUGGAUCAAAUCCAAAGAAGAUGUCUACCCUUAUCUAUCUAUAAGAUUUAGACAUGCACAUGCGUAUGUAGAUAGAUCAGGGUAGACAUUAUUUAGACUUAAGAUCAAGUUCAGGACGAAUCAUUGUGGAUAGAUGUAUAUGUAUAGUAUCUGCCGAAACCGGGAGGUAAUAUUGUAUUUAGUUGUUUUUUGUAAAUUAAUAUAGAUGUAAUAAAAGAAGCUACUCGUGCACUAAUUUUCA